CACAAAACCAAGGGGCUCAGAUCGGAUGAAUGAAAUGAAAUCAAAACAGGCACCUCUCUCACCUGGCUCUGCCCUCUGUCAAAGCUUCUACUCAGCUCAAAAGUAGAUGCCCUAAGUGCCAUUGUCCAUUUUCAUUGUUCGAUCGGAACCUCACUUUCUUCAUCUCUCUUUCGUUCAAUGGGAAAGACAAGGACUAUCAGAUGCAUGUAGCUCAGUUGCAUUAGAGCUGGUUGUCAUGGGUGGCAUUUCCUGUUUUCAUAGUCAGUUUUGAGUUUAAACCUUUUAAAGACAAAUUUGGGUCUGAAUUGUGUGGUUCAAGUUUAUUGUGGUAAAAACAGUUACUAAGCAUAUAGCAGUUAUGUUAUUCAUCGGUAAUCAACCUUCCUGAUAUACCUGAUGUAUGUAUCCUUUCAUUAUAAAUAUUAAAUUGGUUCCAUUAUUGCUGGAAAUACUAAGCACAUAGAAUUGGCGACAUUUUUCAGUGAAACUGGAUGUCUUGAAUGUAUCUACUUUUCAAGUCAGUUUUUUGGACCAAAUAUUCCAAAUUUACUGUUGACAGAAAGUGUUGGAGCAGUGGUAUUUGUGAUUUUAGCUCUAGUAUCUAGAUAUUUCUGAGACUGAGCAUAUGGAUGCUUCCCCUGCCCAAGAGAGUAAUCGGACUAGGAAAAGUUCUAGUCCUAAACAGAAUAUUUUAGAAGAGGCCAGAAAACUUUCUGAAAGUGUGUGUAGCGAAUCGUCAGAGCAGAAACGUCCCUCUGAAAAUGGACAGCAUGAGCCAGCAGAAAUCAGCCCUGUGCUAUCCAAUUGUAUUGUUACUGAACAGUCAGAACUGCCUCCAGAAGAUGUGGGUGAUACAAUAUUAGGAUUGCCUCCAGCAGAUGUGACCAAGAAUUCUCUUACUGAACAUUUGGGAUUGCCUCCAGAAGAUGCAAUCAAGAAUGAUGGAACUGAACAAUUGGGGUUUUUUCCUGAAGUUGUGACCAAGAGUUCUAUUAUUGAAAAAUUAGGACAAUCAGAGCCACCUCCUGAAAAUGUGGCCCGGUAUUCUGGUCUUGACCAGUCAGGGUCAGCACCCAAAGAUUUGGCCAAUAAAAGAACUGCAAAACUAGUUAAAAGAAAAUAUAAAUUGAGAUCUUCAGUAAGCGGUUCCCGGGUUUUACGCUCAAGGUCACAAGAGAAACCUAAAGCUUCACAGCCAAGUGAUAAUUUUGUAAAUGCCAGUGCUAGCAGAGAAAGGAAAGGAAGAAAGAAGAAAAGGAUGAAUAAAACAACUGCAGAUGAAUUUGCGAGAAUCAGGAAACAUCUUAGAUAUUUACUGAACAGAAUGAGCUAUGAGCAAAAUCUGAUUGAUGCUUAUUCUGCCGAAGGUUGGAAAGGACAAAGUGUGGAAAAAUUAAAGCCAGAGAAGGAACUUCAACGUGCCUCAUCUGAAAUUUCUCGUCGCAAACUGCAAAUACGUGAUCUAUUUCAACAUCUUGAUUCAUUAUGUGCUGAAGGAAGGUUUCCAGAAUCUUUAUUUGAUUCUGAAGGGCAGAUUGACAGUGAGGAUAUAUUCUGUGCUAAAUGUGAGUCCAAAGACAUGUCUGCUGAUAAUGACAUAAUACUCUGUGACGGUGCUUGUGAUCGUGGAUUUCACCAGUUUUGUCUGGAACCGCCAUUGUUAAAAGAAGAAAUUCCUCCUGAUGACGAGGGUUGGCUGUGCCCUGCAUGUGAUUGCAAAGUUGACUGCAUGGACCUGCUUAAUGACUCUCAAGGAACAAAACUUUCUGUAAUUGAUAGCUGGGAGAAGGUUUUUCCUGAGGCAGCUGCAGCUGGGAAUAACCAGGAUAACAACUCUGGAUUUUCAUCAGAUGAUUCUGAGGAUAAUGAUUAUGACCCCGAUUGUCCAGAGGUUGAUGAGAAGGGUCAGGGAGAUAAGUCAAGUUCUGAUAAAUUUGAUGAAUCUGAUGAAUUUGACGAAUCUGAUGAAUCUGAUUUCACUUCUGCAUCUGAUGAUAUGGUGGUCUCACCAAAUAAUGAGCAGUGUUUGGGGCUUCCUUCUGAUGAUUCAGAGGAUGAUGAUUUUGAUCCUGAUGCUCCAGAAAUUGAUGAACAGGUUAAUCAGGGGAGUUCAAGUUCUGAUUUUACAUCUGACUCCGAGGAUUUUACUGCCACUUUAGAUCGCAGAAACUUCUCUGACAACGAGGAUGGUCUUGAUGAGCAAAGAAGAUUUGGUAGGAAGAAGAAAGAUACUUUAAAGGAUGAGCUCUUAUCCGUGUUAGAGUCAAAUUCUGGUCAAGAUAAUGCACCUCUGUCUGCAAAGAGACAUGUAGAAAGGCUGGAUUACAAAAAGCUGCAUGAUGAGGCAUAUGGAAAUGUUUCUUCUGAUUCAAGUGAUGAUGAAGACUGGACAGAGAAUGUUAUACCAAGAAAGAGGAAGAAUCUUAGUGGUAAUGUUGCCUCAGUGUCACCAAAUGGAAACACUUCAAUCACUGAGAAUGGGACAAAUACCAAGGACAUAAAGCACGACUUGGAAGCAGCUGGAUGCACUCCCAAGCGAAGAACUCGUCAGAAGCUGAACUUUGAAAGCACAAAUAAUUCACUUGCUGAGUCACAUAAAGAUUCUCGAAGUCCUGGUUCUACUGGUGAAAAAAGUGGGCAAUCAUCAUAUAAAAAACUUGGAGAAGCUGUAACUGAGAGACUCUACAAAUCCUUCCAGGAAAAUCAGUACCCUGAUCGUGCUAUGAAAGAAAAAUUGGCAGAAGAGCUGGGAAUAACGAGCCGGCAGGUUAGCAAAUGGUUUGAGAAUGCCCGUUGGAGCUUUCGCCAUCGACCACCCAAGGAAGCCAGUGCGGGUAAAAGUGCUGUGAAAAAGGAUGCAUCCACGUCUCAAACAGAUCAAAAGCCUGAGCAAGAAGUGGUUCUUAGAGAAAGUUCUCACAAUGGAGUGGGAAAAAAGGAGUCGCCCAAAGCAGGUGCUUCGAAGGUAGACCGCAGCAAGGAAGCCAAUGCAGGUAAAAGUGCUGUGAAAAAGGAUGCAUCCACGUCUCAAACAGAUCAAAAGCCUGAGCAAGAAGUGGUUAUUAAAGAAAGUUCUCACAAUGGAGUGGGAAAAAAGGAGUCGACCAAAGCAGGUGCUUCGAAGGUAGACCGCUGCAGUGGAGCUAAGAGGAGAAGGAAAUUGGCAACUGAUGGAAGCCAUAGACAGAAAUCUUCAACUCCCAACUCUACAAGACAAAAGACAAAGUCAAAUCAUGAAGCAUCUGAGGCAACCAAUGGAAGCAGAAGGCAGAAUUCUUCUACUCCCAAGUCUAGAAGGCAAAAGACUAAGUUAGCUGGUGAAGCGUCUGAGGCAACUGGUGGAAGCAGUAGACAGAAUUCGUCAACCCCAAAUUCUAAAAGGCGAAAAACCAAGUCAGAUCAUGAAGCAUCUAAUCCGGUCUUAAGCGGUAAGAAGAUAGCAAAGACGGCAAAGAGCUCAUCUGGCACACCAAAAACAAAGGAAAAGCUAAGUGACAGAAUCCAAACAAGAAGUAGGAAAUCUAUUGCUUGAGAAUUUGAGCUUUGAUCAUCUGAAAGAAAACUAAUUUUUGCUGGUUUUAUUACUUGUAAGAGCAAGAUCUCAUGGGAAGAGCUGCCAGAGUUAAUUUUCAAGGAUUCACUUUUCCUCGGAAGGUUGUCCCAAUUGUUGAUCGGUAAUUUUAAAAAGGAUAGUUCUUUUUCAUGUGGGUUGCCUUGAACUCUUCUUAUAUUAGAGCUAAAUAAAGCUGUUCAGCUAAACUAAAA